CGGAGGCGGGGUGAUGGCUGCCUCGCAUCAAGCGGCGAGGCUGGCGGCUGCCAGUCUCCACCUCCCAGUAAAUCCCACCACCCAGGCGCGGGUCGCCCAGUACGAACGGGAAGACCCCGUACAGGCCCUGGUGGCGGCGGCGGCCUUGGAGGAAGAAGAGCCGGAGCAGCCAGCUGAUCAUAACAUCAACUUUUCUGAGGUGGAUAAAUAUCUGACCUAUAAGGACCUUGUGAACUGUUCUGAUAUUUACCACUCUAAUGAAGAGUAUUUCAGGAAACUAGAAGAGCUGAAGGCUGCCCACGUACAAUCUAUGGCAAAAUUAGAGAAAAUGUACCAAGAUAAAUUAAACUUAAAGGAAGUUCAGCCAAUGCUCAAGGGAAAUUCUCCUAGUGUCUCUUCCAGUUCUGUAUCAGAAAAGAACUCCUCUCACCCUAUCUUGUUGGUGACAUCACUUUCGGAGCCUGAUUUAGGCCGGUCCCCCUCCUUGUAUACCUCUUCCUCUGAAGAGGAGCUGUCCAACGUAGACAAAGAGAGUUCCAGGAGAAACAGAAUGAUGACCUAUGCCAAGGAGCUCAUCAACAACAUGUGGACAGAUUUCUCUGUUGAAGAUUACCUGCAGAGCGAAGAUGCUGACUUGGAAACAGUUGAAAAACCAGGGAAGAAACCAAAAGAAUGGGUGCCCACAAUUACAGUGCCUGUGCCUUUUCAAAUGAUGAUUAGAGAGCAGAAGAAAAAAGAAGAGGCCAUGAAGUCUAGGUCAGAUAUCGAAAUGGGACAUAAACUGCUCAAGAAACAAGAAGAUUCGGAGUGUAAGAAGAAAUUCCGAGCCAAUCCCGUUCCUGCAUAUGUCCUUCUCCCCCUUUACCAAGAUAUAGUCAAGCAAAAUGAAGAGCGGAGGAGGACUAUGAAGGAGAAAAACAAAGAAGCUCUUUUGGCCUUACAGAAGCCAUUUAAGUUCAUUGCAAGGGAGCAACAGAAGCAAGCAGCUCGGGAAAAGCAACUGAAAGACUUUUUAAAGUCUAAAAAGAAAGCAAAACGAUUUAAAGCCAGACCCAUACCUCGAUCUAUUUAUGGUUCAUCUACAAGUGACAAAUUAAAAGAAGACGACUUCUAUAGAAACAUUAGGAUGCAGCUAAGAGCCCAAGAGCUUUCACAGAAUUCAUCUCCCCUGCCUUGUUCACCUUGUAGACGUUUCAGGAACCCCAGCUGUCUUGAGAAGGCAAGAAAGUUAAGGUGUAAUUGCCAAGAGAGGUGCCAGGCUCCUCAUGUUGAUGACCUUCCUGAGAAAAAUAAGGACCACUUCUCAGAACACAAGUGUCCAAAGUUCUCAACAGUCCAUAAACGAUUUGAUCUUCAUUCAUCCUCAAGUGAGUCUGCUAAAAGAGAGAAAAUUUUGGCAGACAUUCGAGCAGAUGAAGAAAAUUUGAAAGAAACUCGUUGGCCUUAUCUGUCUCCAAGGUUGAAGUCACCAGUAAAGAGCAUGAGUGCAAAGCCCAUGCUUUAUAACUACAGCCCUCCAAUGCCCACAGCAUCUUCCCAAGGACGGGAACAAGCCAUAAGGAGAUCACUUGAGGAAAAGAAAAUGUUGGAAGAAGAAAGAAAUCGGAUCCUAACUAAGCAGAAGCAAAGAAUGAAAGAAUUGCAGAAACUCCUGACAACCCGGGCUAAGGCUUAUGACUCACACCAAAGUUUAGCUCAAAUAUCUAAAUCCAAAGUAAAAUACUUCAGAAAAAGUGAAAAGGAAAGGAUGAGAGACUACCAACGAGAGCUAGAAGAAAGAGAAGAAAAAUUAAAACAGAGGCCACUGCUGUUUGAAAGAGUUGCUCAGAAAAAUGCAAGAAUGGCAGCAGAAAGGCAUUAUUCUAACACCCUAAAAGCACUAGGAAUAUCUGAUGAGUUUGUUUCAAAGAAAGGCCAGAGUGGAAAAGUCUUUGAGUCCUUCAGCAAUCAAGAGAGGAAAAGUUGCACUGAAGCUAAACAAAGCUUUAAUGAAGAAGAAAAAAUAGAAGAAAGAGAGCAUGGGGAAGAAAAUUAUUUUGUUGAUACCAACAGCCAGGAUUCUUACAAGGAAGAUGAAGAUGAUGAAGAAAGUGGAGAAGAAAAAUCUGUUGAAGACUAAAAUUUAGUGAAGGAGGUCUCCUCUAUGUGCCCUUGCUAUUUAUGACAUCAGGAUGUCCACAGCUGCACCUGUGAUGUUAAGAGCAUCUGUGGGGACACCUCUGAUCUGUGCAGGGCUGUUAGACAAAGACAUCAGAGCCUCCUAAGGUAGAAUCCAGAUGAUUGGUGAUUGGGUUAGUUAGAGGAAGGCUUUGCCUCUUCCAUUUUUUAAAUUGCGAUGUAUAGUCUGUUUGCAACUAUGAUCUUAUAUGUAUUUUUUUAAAUGGUUGAAAAAAAGAUGCAAGAAUCACAGCUGUCACAA